AUGACGGAAAUUUCCGUGUUCCUCAUCGACAGGGGCGUAUUACCCUCGAAAACGAUGAACGAUAUUCGGCUUGUGAGUCAGUUACUUACGGACGAGAGGAAGAAGAGGCUCGACCAGUUGCGAACUACUACACCUGCUUCGUUAUCGAAGGCAAUCGAUAACGUGGGCAGCAUUCUCAUGAACAAUUCCCUAAGUGGGAACGAAAAGCUGUCGUUAGUGACAAAUGCCAUUGGGGCUCUCCCACGAGAACAUCGACGAUCGCUUGAGAAUUUCAUCAAUCGCGAGGCUAUGCCAUCUCAAAUGGAUCCCAAAGGGUUCGAAGUGAUACAGACGAAUGAUCCACCAAAUAUUGCCCCUAUCGAUAGUGCCAGGGACGACGUCAAAGACAUCAGAACGAGAUCGUUCCCUGCUGGAAAUGAUGGAGAGUACGUCAGAGGUCACGAUGAGAAUCUUUCCCAAAACUCUGAAAGCUUCCCAAACGCUGAUAUCCGGAAGAGCGACAUGUUUCCACCAAACGACUUGCAGGACCGGUCUUUUCAACAGAAGAGUACGAAUCAACAAAGCUGGUUUGGCAUACCGCCAGCCACGAAUGACUACAACAAUCCCGGCGGAAGAUUGAUUGAUGUCAUGACAAAAGUAGACCCUUUCAUGUUCAUAAACGCUUCCAGAAAAAAACACACACAGUUGCGAUUAAACUAG